AUGGUUCAGAGUCCAAAUAAAGACAGCUUACGAGCAGAUAAUGUCAAUUUUUUUAAUACAUUUAUAUGAAAUACAUAUUAUGUUGAUAUUAUAACUGCUAUAUAAAACAAUGCAUAUGCAGUGCAGGUGCUGACGAAAUAUUGUUCGUCAUUUAUGUUGACAUUUGUUGUUAUCACUUCACUAUGGAUUCUCCUAUAAGCUGAUAAAAUCGUAAACAAUGUCUUCUGUAUCACGAUAACUCAAGUUCAUGUAAGAUAAAUUUAUCUGAAAUCACAUUUUCAUGUUUUAAACCUUAUAUCCUACAAUUUAAUUGGUAAUUGAUAAACAGGAUCAUUAUUUUAAAAUAAUUAGUUCCUCAAAGAGUAAACAAAUUUUAAAUAUCAACUGUCACUGUCAAAGUCAUAUUAACUUAUCAUCAGUCUAUAAACAAGGUUAGGAAGAGCACAACAAUCAAAUAAAAUAAAUUCUCUAAAUCUCUAAAUGAGCGCUCCACGUCUCCGACUUCAGGCUUUGUAUUUGAUUUGUGAUGAAUAGGUACUUCCUCUUAUUAUUUAUAGCCUUUGCAGUUUUUGAGAAGCUCCAUAAAAAAUCCCUGGACUUAUAAUUGUAUUGCCAACAUUAAAUACAAAAAAUUAUAAUCAUGUUGCUAAGUAACAAAAUAAUUGGAAAUUGUUGAUAAUCGAUUGUUAUUAUUGGUGAAGCUGAUGGUUUUCUUCUAAUUUAUCGGAUCUAUAAUGGCAGACGAAGAAGAACCAGGUCAAACUGGCGAAGAGCAACUAGAGGAAGGUGAGUUGGAGCAUCAUGACGAAGAAGCAGUAGAAGAAGAACAAGAACCAGAAGAAUCAGUUUUGACGGAGUAUGAUCCUGAUGACUUUGUAUCAGGCGCUAUCAAUAGCUUGGAUUCUACAAUUCCUCUAGAUUUCUUAGAAUUUGAAUAUUCUUUCGGUUAUAACUGUCUGAAGUACUUCAAUUUAUGUGCGUGCGAUGAAACAGUAAUUUGUUGGUCAGCUGGUAGUAUUAUAACUUUUAUGGACGUCAAAACUAAACAAACUUGGUUUCGUAGAAGUACUACAGGGGGCUCUGUUGGCAAUAUUACGUCUUACAGAGUAGAUCCCAACUACCGUAUAGCAAUAGCAGAAGGCAGAGAGGGUGACCGCGACCCCUUGAUACUGCUUUACACAUGGCCGCAAAUGGAGAUUGAUGCCGUUUUACGUGAUGGAACAACUAAUGCUUACUCCAUUAUGGACUUUAGCCCAGAUGGAGAGCUGUUAGCGUCCGUGGGCAAAGAACCUGAUUACAAUUUGACCAUAUGGAACUGGAAGAAACAUAAAAUUCUUUUAAGAACUAGUGCUUUCUCUUUCGAUGUCAAUGCUGCUAUGUUUUCCAAAUAUUGUCCAGGACAAUUAACGACGGCAGGGGCAGCACAUAUAAAGUUUUGGAAAAUGGCGGAAACAUUUACGGGACUCAAACUAAAGGGAGACCUUGGUAGAUUUGGUAAGACAGAAAUUUGCGACGUCUUAGGCGUACAUCCUAUGCCAGAUGAAAAGGUGUUGUCCGGGUGUGAAUGGGGUAACAUUCUAGUUUGGGAAGCUGGACUGGUGAAGUUGGAAGUAACACAACGUGGUCGGAAGACUUGUCAUAAAGCGCCUGUUAUUCAAUUCAUGCUAAGUCCUGCGGGUGACGAGGUGACGACGAUCGCUCGGGACGGUUGCGUUCGCGCCUGGUAUUGGGACACUGUGGAACAAGCCGACCCGCCGGAGGACGACCCUUUUGUAGAACUCAAUCCUGUUGCUGAAACUUGUGUACCAGGCUGUCAGAUCAUGUGUCUUAAACAUCAAAAGGACAUGUAUUGGUAUGCACAGGAUGGUAAUGGUGGUAUAUGGACCGUGGAUAUAGAAAUAGAUAAAAUCGAAUGCAAUCAUAAUAAAAUAUCGACGUACCACUCUGGAGAAGUGAUUGCGAUGGUGGCUCUCCGCUUGCAUCCCAUACUCCUCACUGUGGGCUGCGACGGCGCUCUGCAGGCCUACAGCACAGAGACCCAGAUGUUGUUGGCCAGGUAUCAAUUCCCGACUGCUGUCACUUGCAUGCUGUAUCCGCCGCAUGAGGUUGAUCCUAGUGCGAGAAUAGUUUUAAUCGGAUUUGCGGACGGAGUGAUGCGAACUCUAUUGAUACAUCCAGAUAUAUUGCAAACCGCGACCGCCCUCAUCGACGUACGGAUUCAUUCUGCGCUGACCAUACACAGCGAGGAUUCCUUAAACCCUGAUGCACUGGAUCUGAUUUCGUUGCUUAAGCCACAUUCCAAAUCUUUAACGCAAAUAACGAUCAAUCAUCAAAACACGUUGCUGGUCACCAGCGGACAAGACAGUACAAUAUUUAUGUACGAAUUGAAAGCUGGUACACCCUUUACUUUGAACAGAUUAGGAUUUAUAACAACCCCUAGUAACGUAACGUAUAUGACUUGGAAACCAGACGAGGAAAGAGUAUUACUUUUGUGUGGACCAGUUGGUUUUUUAAUGGAAGUAGUUUUACCGGACGCAAAAGUUCAAAAAUAUUCUGAGAUAACAACAUUCAAAUUAGAAUUUGUAUCUUCUAAACAAACCCAAGUUAAGAAACAUUUCAUGCGUCACCGCCCUUUCCCUCAAGAAGAAGACCUGGCCAGUAUUGAUGAGGAAGCAUUAAAAGCUAAAGAAGAAGCAGAAAAAGAAAAGGACGAUGAAGAAGAAGAAUGGAUAGGAGAAAUUCAACUAAUUGAAGAUGAAACAAUAGCUGGCACAACACUAACAUGGGCAGCGUAUUGCGAGGAGGGAGUAUGGACAGUGCAGCAUGAUACUGGAGCCUUGCUGCUUGUAAGACCUGGUCUUAGUAAAAUAUUCAAAUACGGGCCCAUACCUGAAGCGUGGACUGAAGACAUUACUACUUUGAAAUUUAUAUGCGAUGGUGCCUAUUUAAUGAUAGGCACCAAUACUGGCUACAUCCGAGUCAUGAGAAUGCCCGGGGAAGAUGAAGACAAUGAGGAUUACCACUACAUGACUUGGAAAAUGGCUCAACAAAAACUUUUGCGUAAACUUAAAGGCAGACGACUCGCUAAAGAAGAGACUCAACCAACGCCGCGUAUUGAUUUCAAUGACUAUUACUACUUACCCAUGCAUGAUUUCUACACUGGUGCUAUAACUUGCAUCGAGAUCAGUGCAGAUGGAAGCCGACUAUUUACGUGUGGAAAAGACGGAAAUAUUUUUUCGUAUACAAUCAGUUUUCCAGAGCCGUUGAUACCCAAGUUUGAAUUAAAACCAGCAGAACUUCCAAAAGUACCAAAGAUGAAAGAGCCCAGUACUAUAGACGGAGAACUGAUGUCUCAUGAACAACUGAAGCAGAAGGAAGAAUACGAUAAGAAAAUGGCGAUAGCCAAUGCACACAAGAAGCAAGUUCGUGAUCAACUCGCUGAACUUACUGUUGAAUAUAAUAAACUCAUCAAAGCGAAUAAGGCUCUACCACAUUCUCAACAAAUCGACGUCACUCUAGAUCCUCGGCCACUUAUAGAACAAGAGAAAGAGCUAGAUGAAGCCAAAGCAUUGACAAAAAGAAAACUCGCUCAUCAGUUGGAGGCUUCUGACUUAGGUUAUCAGAAAAUGUACACACGAAACAUAAUACAACUUGAUGUAUUUCCCUUUACACUUAAAGCCAUCAGGGAUCCGAACAUCAUGCUAAGACCACUGCGACAGAAGAAUCUUUCCAAAGCAUUUUACGAACAGUUUGACGAAGUGCAUCAGAAAAUGGCCGAAGCAGCUUUACGAGGAAGACGGGCGGAAUCCAUCGCACGUCGAGUUAUUUCUAAGAAAGCCUCUUGGGGUCCUCCGCGAGUGGCUUCUUUUUUACUAGGACUACCGCCUCGUGCACCACAUCCAUUGAAAAAAGCCAUUAGGAAUUAUUACAAGCGCUUAAACCGUCAUCAUCUACAAUUUAUUGAGUGGCAUGAGCAUUCAGCUCGCAAGCCAGACCCGAAUGCGAUGCCUCCGGGCGCGGCUGAAGCUCUCAAAGAAGCGGAGGCAACCAUCGGCAAUAGAUUGUUGAAGACUCAACCGGAUUAUGUCGCGCCGCCAGGUCACAACACGCAACUAAGAAUAUGCGCGACAAGAAAAGAGAUUCACGACAACAAGCAUGAGUUCAAUGAAAAGGUGCUCGAGUUGCGGCAGCACAAGAUGCGAUUAGUAGACCGCAUGAAGUCUAUUGGGGACAGACUGGGCGAGAUCCGCUUGGAGAUACCGCACAGCAUGGUGAAGCAUCCACCGCCAGUGCCUGUCAUCGAUGAAGCACUAGAAUUUCCAGAAAAGAACUUAGAGAUUAAACCAGAAGUGACAGUGAAGCAUCAUAUGACAAUUACCAAGAAGAUUCAACAAGAGAGAAGGAAGUCAAUAGCUCCAUCGCAACCGCGCGUGCGUCCAUCACGCGUUGCAAGAUUUGUACCCAUAACAGUAACACGACCGUUGGCUGCUUCGUGGGAGCUAUUAAAAACAAAACAAGAUCAAGAGACAUCUGCAGUAGAAAUAGAAAUUAGGGAAAGACGUAUCAAACGACACCUUUACGAACAGGACAUGUUACUGGCGGACGCCGCAGUUUCAAUACAGCAGUUCGAUUCCCGUCUGAGAGAACUACAAAGAGAGCGCAUACGAGUACAAGAAAAAAAUCAACUUCUGGAGCUGCAUUUAUUUCAAUUGCAUCGUGAAAUGAACGUUUUGAACCGUUUCGAAGCGCAUGAAGACCGACUCGCCGAGCGCGUCUACGUCAAACUGAUGCAGAUCCGAGGAGUUCAGGAGCAGAUCGAGGACUGCGAGCAUCGUAUCGAUGAGCAUUACACAGAGAAGGAAAUGCUGGACGCCGCCUGCCAGGAAAUACAGUCGCAGUUCAAGCGGCUGGUGCACGACAACAAGUUUGCUGAUUUCUUGCGAAGGAUCUUCAAGAAGAAAUAUCGGCCACCUCGCGACAGAGAUGAUGACGAAUCGUCGGAAUCGGAGUCCGAGUCUUCAUCAAGCGAGGAGGAAGAUGACGCGAGUUUGGACAGCCGCGACAUCGGCCCCAUACGACUGGAUCCCAACAUCUGUCCAGAGGGCUGCGAAAAAGAGAUCUAUGACAAGACAUAUGAAUUACGCAACACCAGGCAUCGACAUGAGCAGGAAAUGAUAGAAAAAGACCGUCUCGUAGAGCUGCUGCGAAAGGACAUCGAGGCUCACAACAAAGUGAAGCGCACCUUGACCAUACAAUUGGACAAGAGGAAGAACGACCUCAGAGAAUUUAUGAUGGAGAAACAGAACUGCAUGAACGAAGUAGACCAAGUAGUGGUGCUGCGGUACGACCAGCUGCGAGCGUCCGCCAUCCGCGGCUGCACGGGGCCGCAGGGGCUGUCCAACACCGUCGUGUUCCCCGAGCGUCUGCUGCACAAGCUGCGUCAGCGCGUGCUCCGGGACGAGAUCAAACAGCAAAGACAGAGACAUAAGAUAAACCGCACACACCUGUUCCGUAUGAACAUUGAUCUGAGAGCGAUGGAGGAGCAGGCGAGCGAGCUGCGCGCCAAGAUGCGCGACGUGCUGACCCGCAAGCUGGGCAAGCCGCGCCGCGUCGACCGCACGCUGGACGACCUGCUGCGUCAGAUGGCGCGCCGACACAAGUUCACCUCCGCCGUCGGCACCAUGCCGCAGAUGCAGAUGCAGAUCCGUCAGUGGCAUGAACGUCUCGGAGAAUUGGAGAAAAAAUAUUUAAAAGAGUUGGACCACUAUUCGGAUCGUCUACGUCUAGCCUCAGCUUUACAAGCGGAUAUCUUGCCUCAGAAGCCGUGUAAAGAUCCAAACAUAAUGGUCGGUAAUUACGAGCCGGAGCAAUAUCAACGAGAUGUGGUCCGUCUACGAAUAAUUCGGUCUCAACAACUGCAGCAAAUAGCGGCCCUGAAAGAAGAGAUAAAAAGUCUCCGUACAAAACCUUUCUCUCGGGAAGUUGGGCCCAUGUGGAGAGCGCCGCCCCGCGAAGCUGACCAAUCGGAGCUGCGUCUCAGUCCUAUAAAACGUACCACCAGACACACCAAGAAGAAAUAUUUUCCAAUUACGCCGAUAGGUUCGCAGACGCAGGUGGUGCAGGAAGUGAACGUGAUGUCGUUACUGUACGACUGCCUGGACGCCAUGCGCGUCACACGAGACGACGCCGACGAACUCCUCAAAGAUCUCACCGACCAACUGCCUGACGUAUUAGCUGGAACAACGUCUCGCUUCGAAGUGAUCGACUCGCUGGUUCGCAAAUGGCUAUUGAAACACGGCGGCGAUCCGAGUCUUUAUAAAAAACAGACCCGAGCCUUUGACGCCCUCGCCGCGCUGGCAGACCGCCUGAUCAAAGAACAUAUUGCAGCAAUGGAAGGCACCGAACCAAAGGAAUUGGAAGUAAUGAAAUCAUUGGAAGAUGCUUUAAGAGAAGUCUCGGAUAAAGAGCAAAGUCUUCACAGACGGCUUGGGCCGGCACUCGCAGCGCUGAUGCACACCACCGACAUGGAGGAAUUGGCUACUCAAGAGACCAUGACGUUAUUGGUCAAUUCACUCAUAGGAGGCGAUCAAAGGCUCACCGCAGAAUCUGUUGACCGUAUUCAGCCCGAUGACGUUAUAGAAGACAUUAGGGAAUGUGGCGUUAGGGCUCCAAUUACCGAACUAAGGAAGAUUGUUAAAUUAGCUAUAGAUUGUCUCCGCUCGCAGCUAAUUGGACCCGAAGAAGCAAAGUUCUUAGAUGCCGAAGUUGCUAAAGCAUUAUCUGUUGAAUCUAUUAGUAAAAAAUGA